AUGAUUUUUGAAGAACAACUAUCAAAAAUAGAACAUCUUUAUACAAAUUAUAAAGAGAACAUUUCUACUUUAUAAGAUACUAAAUUAUCUUUUCUACUUUAAGGUUACAAUGAAAAAGUGAUAAAAGGAUAAUAAAUUGUAAUAGAAACACACUUAAUUGAUUACUUUCAUACAUAAUUAGCCUUAUUAAUAGGAAAUGCAGCAAUUUAAUUGAAAAAAUAAUUAAGUAUAAAGUUAUAUAAAUACUUUUAGAAGAAUAAGGAAGUGAUGAUGUUAAAUCUAUAGUCCUUUUACUUUUAAAAUGGAAACUAAGCUAUCUUGAGAAAUAUGAGAGUUAUGUUGUUGUCAUACUUGAAUGCGAAUACUUAGGAUAUAAAGACAUUUUGUUAGAUCUUAGUGUAUUCAAUCCAGAUAGUCAUUUAAGUGAAACAAAAAAAAUAAAAUAUACAAUUCUCAAAACUAAUUUAAAUAGACCUUCAUAAUAAAUAGAACCUUAAACUCUUAAAAAAGUUAAGAUUGAAAAUUAUAAUUAUUCAAAACCAAUAGAAAAUUCAAUAAUAUUUGAUGAAAAUUUGAUAAACUAAUCAAUUAUUGAUAUUACAAUGAAUAAAAGUUAUUUUAAAUAAUUAUAGGAUAAUUAGACUAUUUCAGAAUUAUUAGUAAAUAAAAAGAAAUCUUGGGUUUUAGAAGGAAGAAUAAUUGAUAAAAGUGAUAUGUUAGAAUUUAAGAAAAAAAAUUCUAAUAUUAAUUCUCAAUAUUUUAAAAUAAUGAUUAUGGAUAGAGAAUAAGGAAUUAUAACUGGAUUAUUUUAUGAUAAAUCUAACAUAAAAAUGUUUAAUCUUUUAGAAAAAGGAAAAGUAUAUUUAUUUAGAAAUGGAAGUGUAUCUAAAGAUAAUUCAAAUUAUCCAAAAUCUAUAACAUUUACACAAUUUUCUAUUAUCUAAGAAUCUAAUAACAAUGAUCUUCCAAAAAUACCUUUGAUUUCCCCUAAAAAAAUUUAUGAUUUAUAAAAUCAUCCAAUAGAUUCAAUAAUUGAUGUAGUUGUAGCAAUUUAAGUAUAAAUAUAACAUAUAAAUUAUAUUAGGAAAUUAAGACCAUAUCAGAGGUUUGUAGACAAUUAACUGCCUUAGAUUAAUCUGGUAGGAUUAUAAUAAAAUUAAUGGGAAAAUAAUAUGUGACUUAAAUAUUUAAAAAAGGUGAAAUUCUUAUUUGUAAAGGUUUGACAUUAAAAAAUUAAUAAAAUUUUACAUAUCUUACUACUAAUUAUAAUACUAUAAUUCUAAAUAAUUAGGAUUUCAAUAUUGAGUAAUAAUUAUAUUAAUUUUAGAGUAUAAACCUUAAAAGAUUGGUUAUAAGAGAAAGAUUUAGACUAAAUUAUGAAACCUAGUAAGAAUUGCUUAAAAGUAAAUUUAGAAUAAUUAGAAGAAUGUGUAUUAAAGUAAUUGAAUGAAGGUAAAAAUAAAAAUAAUGAAUAAAUGAUUGUAAUUGGAUAUUUAAAUGGAAUAUCAAUAUUUACAUAUCCUAGAUGUCCAAAUAAUCGAUGUCUUUCAAAAAUGGAAUUGGUUCCAUAAAGAAAUACAUAUAGAUGUAAGAAAUGCUUUAUAGAAAAUGAUUCACCAUAAAUGAGUUUUAUAUUAAAUGUUAAAAUAAUGGAUGAACAUACUACAAUAGAAGCUACUGUAUUUGAUGAUUAUGCAGUUAGAUUAUUGGGUUUAACUGCUAAUGAAUAUUAAAAUUUAACAGAAUUAGAACAAAGAAUGAUUUUGUAUAUUUCCAAAUUUAGAUAACAAUAAAUAAAACUUUAAGUACUUUUUCAUGAUUAUAAUGGAUCUAUAAGGCCAUAAUAUAAAGUUGUAGAAAUUACUGAUAUUGAUUAUAAGGAAUUAGCAUAAUAAGAAAUGAAAAACUUUGAAGAACUUGAUUAUUUAUUAAAUAUUUCAUAAAUUAUAUGA